GGGCGUUUUGAAAAGAAAAUCGUCUGCGGGGGAUGAAUAAAAAGUUCCCCUGUUUAUAAACCGAAUGCGAUUUUAGCGUUAGGGUUCUUGUAGCCGAUCUCUCUAUCUCGCUCAUCGUUCGUCGUAUGAAUUGGAACGAAUCCCUUGUGAUUUUUUGCCCGGGCGAUUUGAUUCCAUUGAGGAGCGAUGGGUCGGAAGAAGAACGUUACCAUCAACGACGACGAGUACUCGUUGGCGGAGGAGCAGCAGCAGCCGUCGCCGGCGAAUCAUGAAGCAGUGGCGGAAAGUCUCCCCGCCGCAGGCUCAAAGAAGAGUAAGAAGGGAGGAAAGAACCAGCGCAACGACGCCUUCGCAGAUGAGACCCCGGAUGUGCUUUCCACUGCGUCGGCCGCCGAUCCUUCUCGAGAGGACGAAGGUGAUGGCGCCCCCUUAGUCUUCUCCGGUAAGAAGAAAUCCUCUAAGUCUAAGAAGACUAACACUGUUGCGGGUGGGUUCGCCGCCCUUACUGCAUUGGGGGACGAGGCGGACGAUCAGGAGCCGGAAGAGAAACCGAGAUCGGAGGUCAAACCUGAGUCUGGCCUCUAUGCGGAUGAUGAGGUGGAUGAAAGCAGGGAUUUUGGCAUGGAAUCAAGCCGCCAGGUAAAUUUGGAGGAUGCAGAUUCAAGGAAGCAACAGAAGAAGAAAAAGAAGGGAGGACGGUCUGCUCGGGAGGAGGAGGACUUGGUUAAACUCCUUGCCGAUCUGGGUGAAGCUCCCGCACCAGGCCCUUCUGAAUCGCAAAUGGUGGACGAAGACAAUGUUCCUGGAGCAGAACUAAGCGAACAGGCAAUAAUCAGUGAGGUCGCUGAUACAAAGAAGCAACAGAAGAAGAAAAAGAAAAAGGGUGGAUGGAAUGCCCAAGAGGAGGAGGAUUUAGAAAAACUCCUGCUUGAGCUAGGAGAAGCCCCCGCAGCAGGCAAUUCUGUAUCACAUGAGGUGGACGAAAGCACAGCACCUGAUGAGGAAUUGAGUGAACAGGUAAUCAGUGAGAUUGCUGAUUCAAAGAAGCAACAGAAGAAGAAAAAGAAAAAAAGUGGACGGAAUGCUCAAGAGGAGGAGGAUUUAGAAAAACUCCUGCUUGAGCUAGGUGAAGCCCCUGCUGCUGCUCCAACGCAAACAUUGCCUCCAAUGUUAGUUGCGAAUGAUGGAGAGGAGAUCAAUGAUCCAGAACUUGACUCCCAAAAGCCAGGGAAUGGAGCUGAGGAAUUUGCCUCGAAGAAGCAGCAGAAGAAAAAGAAAAAGAAGAGUGGAAAAACUGCUCAGGAGGAGGAAGACUUGGAUAAGAUUCUUGCUGAACUUGGGGAGGGUCCACCACCGCUGCUACCGAGUGUGGAAGCUCCAGGACCGUCUUCUCAGGUGGUGCAGGAAUCAGUUUUAGCUCCUGUAGAACAGCCAGAGGUAGAGGAUAAAGAUGGUGAGAUUGAGGGUGAGUCAGCAGCUGCUAAGAAGAAGAAGAAGAAGAAAGAGAAGAAGGCUGCAGCUGCUGCAACUCCAUCUGUACCCGCCGCUAAGGAUGAGAAGAACGAUGAAGCAAAGGGAAAGGUUCCAGACAAGAAGUUACCCAAGCAUGUGAGGGAGAUGCAGGAAGCACUGGUGAGGAGGAAGGAAGCGGAAGAGAGGAAGAAGAGAGAAGAGGAGGAGAAGCUGAGAAAGGAGGAGGAAGAAAGAAAGCGGCUAGAGGAAUUGGAGAGACAAGCGGAGGAGGUAAAAAGGAGAAAGAAGGAAAGGGAAAAGGAGAAAUUGCUGAAGAAGAAACAGGAGGGCAAACUUUUGACGGCUAAGCAGAAAGAUGAGCAGAGAAGGUUAGAGGCAAUGAGGAAACAAUUCCUUUCUCAGAGUGAAAUUCUGGGAGGUGACGCACUUACAGAGAUAAAAAAAAGACCUAGGUAUAAUACAAAGAAGCCUAAGCAGGUUCAACCUAAGGCUGCUGAAACAGACAAAGCGAUGGAGAACGAGAAUGAAGUUGAUGAACCUGGUAUGCUGCAAGUUGUGGAAGAUGCUAUAAUUGAAGAGGAAUUACAAUCUCAAGCUGGGGACACUGAGGACAAAGUUGAAGGAGAUCAGGUCGCAGAAGAUGUCAAAGCUUUGGAUGAGGAUGAAGACGACGAAGAAUGGGAUGCAAAGAGUUGGGAUGAUCUUGAUGUUACAUUGCCCACUACAAGCCCUUUUUCUGAAGAGGAUCAGGAAGCUACAAGAAAACCUGUGGUUAAAGGAAAUACUGAACGGGAAGGAAACUCUUCUUUGGAACUCCAAGCAAAUCCUGAGGCAUCUGCAAAGGUUGCUGUAAAAAAGGUUGUGCUGCCCCAGAAAUCUACGGAGACUAUUGAGGCUAAUCAAGGGGUUGAAGGAGAAAGUGAAUCUGUUAAGGAUGUUAAAAAAGCAAAAGAAGCUUUUAAUAAGCAAGAGUCAACUGAUGUGGAGGGUAAUUCCAAGAAAAGUGGCCCUGAUCUCCGCUCACCAAUCUGUUGCAUUCUUGGCCAUGUAGAUACUGGGAAGACCAAGCUCUUAGAUUGCAUCCGACGCACCAAUGUUCAGGAAGGAGAAGCUGGUGGUAUCACCCAGCAGAUUGGGGCUACAUAUUUUCCAACAGAGAAUAUAAGGGAAAGAACAAGAGAGCUAAAGGCUGAUGCAACGCUGAAGGUUCCAGGCUUACUUGUCAUUGAUACCCCAGGGCAUGAAUCCUUUGCCAAUCUACGGUCUAGAGGUUCAAGCCUGUGUGAUAUUGCUAUAGUGGUUGUGGAUAUUAUGCAUGGGCUUGAACAACAAACUAUUGAAUCACUUAACCUUUUAAAAAGCAGGAAUACAGAGUUUAUUGUUGCACUAAAUAAGGUGGAUCGACUUUAUGGUUGGAAAUCUUGCCCAAAUGCACCCAUUGCCAAGACACUCAAACAACAGUCUAACGAUGUAAUGAAUGAAUUCAAUAUGAGGCUUGUGCAGAUUAUAACCCAAUUCAAGGAGCAGGGCUUGAACACUGCUCUGUACUAUAAGAAUAGAGAAAUGGGUGAAACAUUUAACAUAGUUCCCACUAGUGCAGUCAGUGGUGAAGGUAUACCAGAUCUUCUCUUAUUGUUGGUGCAGUGGGCACAAAAAACAAUGGAAGAUAAACUUACUUUUGUGGAUGAAGUGCAGUGUACGGUGUUGGAGGUUAAAGUGAUUGAAGGCUUAGGGACAACCAUAGAUGUCGUACUAGUGAAUGGUGUUCUUCAUGAGGGUGAUCAGAUAGUUGUUUGUGGAAUGCAGGGCCCCAUUGUGACCAGUAUUAGAGCUUUGCUGACUCCCCAUCCUAUGAAGGAGCUCCGAGUGAAGGGCUCGUACUUGCAUCACAAAGAGCUCAAAGCAGCCCAAGGUGUAAAGAUUUCUGCACAGGGCCUUGAGCAUGCCAUCGCUGGCACAUCCUUGUAUGUGGUAAAACCUGAAGAUGACUUGGAAGAAUUGAAGAAAAUUGUAAUGCAGGACGUGGAAAAGGUAAUGAGCCGAAUUGACAAGAGUGGGGAAGGUGUUUAUGUACAGGCGUCAACUCUUGGGUCGUUGGAGGCACUUACUGAAUUCUUGAGAAGCCCAGCUGUGAAUAUUCCUUUCUGUGAUUUUAGCAUAGGUCCAGUGCACAAGAAGGAUGUCAUGAAGGCUAGUGUUAUGCUUGAAAGGAAGAAAGAAUAUGCAACCAUUUUAGCUUUUGAUGUUAAAGUCAUGGCUGAUGCUCGAGAGCUUGCAGAGGAGUCUGGUGUUAGAAUCUUUGUUGCAGACAUUAUAUAUCAUCUGUUUGAUCAGUUCAAAGCUUAUAUUGAUAAUCUAAGAGAAGAAAAGAAAAAGGAAAGUGCUGAAGAGGCAGUUUUUCCUUGUGUUCUAAAGAUCAUGCCAAACUGCAUCUUCAACAAGAAAGAUCCAAUUGUGUUGGGCGUGGAUAUUAUUGAAGGAAUCCUUAAGGUAGGUACACCCAUUUGUAUACCUUCAAGAGAAUUCGUAGACAUAGGCAGAAUCGCAUCAAUUGAGAUUAAUCACAAGCAGGUAGAUGUUGCGAAGAAAGGACAGAAGGUUGCCAUCAAGAUAGUUGGCACCAGUCCUGAAGAGCAGCAGAAAAUGUUUGGCAGGCAUUUUGAAAUUGAUGAUGAGCUUGUCAGUCAUAUCUCAAGGAGAUCGAUUGACAUAUUGAAAGCAAACUAUAGGGAUGAUUUGACAAAUGACGAGUGGAGGCUUGUGGUAAGGUUAAAGACAAUUUUCAAGUUACCCUGAAGGAAAUCUCAUGCUUGUUUACGUGAUAUAUAUGAGUUGGUGGUCAUAUCAGAGUGCACGAUCCAGAUUCUCGAACAAAAGAGAUGGAACGUACACAGUGGCUUACCACAAUUUUGAGUCGGUCUUGGCAAAAUUAUUUUUUGAAAGAAAAAUAAUCCCGGCUGCAUGUUUCUUUGAAAGCUUUUGAAUAUCUUCAGAUUGCUCUUGGGUUUAUAGUUUCCUGGUAUUAGUCCUUGGGUUUCUUCCAAGCCUGCGCUGUGCAGCGAGUUCUCCUGCUUUGGUUUCCAAGUCAUUGCAGAAACAAUUUCUAUUUUGUUCGUCUUUAAAUUUUUAAGAGUUGGCCAUGAAUGCAAAGGAUUUUGAUUUAUUUGUAAUAAUAUAGUAUUUUUGAGGUCCCGAGUGAAAGAAAAGGAUUCUUGGAGUUCUUAUUGUCACAAAAUGUGGUGGUUCUUUAUUGCUGAUCAACAGCUUGGUUGAAUCAUGGACUAUUAUGUAUUUUUUCAAGUUCCUACUAUAGGGCUAUAAAACUGAUAGGUAAGUAAUUAUUAAAA